AUCCAAGAUCGAAUCCUUCACUUUGUUCUUCACUUACCUGCGGACAUCAAUCCAUACCAGGCGACAGCUGAUUAUAUCGCGACCUUCCUUCUACCAUGCCCACAACCCUCCUGGUCGCGUUAUGUUCAAUACGUUAUUGCAGUAGAGUUUUUAAUAAUGUUUCUUCAAUCAACUUAUAUCCUUUAUGCCCGCUCCAAGACAAAGAAAAUAUACCAUAUUGGCUUGAAUUCAAUGGGACUGAUACAACUUGAUCGUGCAAACCACUGUGCAUUGUGUUACUUUCUAUACAGUAUCCUCGCGGUGAUCGAAAUUAUCUGCGAAGAGUUUGAACGAUCUGGUCAAUUAGACCAGAGAUGGCCCAAAUUCAUACUGGGCGUUAAAUUUACCGUCACGGUUGCAUGCGCUAGCAUCAUACUUUGGCUGUGCGUCUGCCAUUUUGCUUUGGUCAAACAGAGAGCUGUUUCACGAAGCCCGAAUCCCACAGGAAGAUUGCUCUCAACCACAGCAAUUUGGGCAUUGAACAUAUCAUUGUUGGUAUUUGUAUUUGCACCUACUGCCGCGGUUGUCACCUCCUUCUUCCAAGUUACCUUGAAGUAUCACCGCGCCAAAGACCUGGUGAUUCCCGUUGUUCAACUUCUACGGGAGUCGGCGCCCUCCUGUUCACCAGCUACUUGCAGCGUGACUCGUGUGCUAUCUCAAGUCAUUGCAAUCACACCGGCAAAACCCCAUAUGGAUCUUGUGGUGCAUUACACCGUGGUGGGUUCAGAUUCUUAUAUAUUCUUUGAUAUAUUAACAUUUUUGCUCUAUAUUCCAUUUGUAUAUUUAUUAUUCCAAAGCUUCAAGACUCGAAGAGAAUUGGAUGUUUCAGUCCAACGACAACUGCAAGGAGUCUUUUUGAACACCGUGAUAGAAUUUGCAGUCAUAUUCUUAAAUCUCCUUUUAGUAAUUUCCGCAGCGUGUUUAGUUCAAAACGGUCAAUUCAUCUUCAAUCAAAGCUUUUGGCUUAUACUUUGUAUUGGUCUGAACAGUACCAUUGCAAACUUGGGGAACAUUACCCUGUUCUUGAUCUUAGACAAUCUACGGAGGAUGGAUGCAAUUCAUUCUGCCACUGAUAAUGCCACCCUGGAUUUCAUAAAAGCCGCACACACCGAUGAAUCUGACGAAAAUACUUCAGCAUAAUACCCAUAUCCAUAGCCUCUACUUAGCAGCCUGACCUU